AUGUUGGCGUAUGGCUCAUCUGCUGAUCAAGUGGAUGAGAUUGCCCGGAUGGGAAAGUCCACUAUUUUGGAGACCUUGGUGAGAUUUUGUAAUGCAGUCGAAACUCUGUACACCAGGGACUACCUGCGUAGACCUACGCCCAGGGACCUGCAACGACUUCUACAAAAAGCGGAAGAGAGAGGAUUUCCAGGAAUGAUUGGUAGUAUCGACUGCAUGUACUGGCAGUGGAAUAAUUGCCCGACCGCUUGGCAAGGCGAUUAUGGGAAUCGGAAAGGCCAAAAAAGCAUCAUCCUUGAAGCCGUUGCCGGUUUUGAUACGUGGGUUUGGCAUGCUUUCUUCGGAGUUGCCGGAUCUCAAAAUGACUUGAACGUCUUGGGUCAAUCCCCGGUGUUCAAUGAUGUUUUGAGAGGUGAAGCCCCAAAUAUCACCUAUCAAAUCAACAAUACCGUCUACCAAAAUGGGUAUUAUCUAGCUGAUGGCAUCUACCCGAGGUGGACCACAUUUGUCAAGUCAAUUCCGCAUCCUCGAUCCCAGAAGCAAAAUUUUUUUGCUACAUAUCAAAAGGGGCACAGAAAAAAUGUGGAGAGGUGCUUUGGUAUCCUCCAAGCCCGAUGGGCUAUUAUUAGGGGUACGGCACGUAUGUUUGAUGAGGAGGUGCUGAGGAGCAUAAUGAUGACAUGCAUCAUCCUCCAUAACGUGAUUGUGGAGGAUGAGUAUGAAUCUAUGAUUAUUCAUCUGAAGACGUGUACGAACCGGAUCCAAUGA